AUGGCUGCCGCAACGAGUAGUCGGGCCAUGGAAUCCCGAACGGGAAGAUCAAAACAACGAUACAAUGCGAAGGGAGAGCGACUUGUCGCUGGUGUUGUCCCGUUGACGGAGGACCGGAAGUACGUCCUUCUCAUCCAGUCCACUAGGAGAAAAGGCUGGGUGCUCCCCAAGGGAGGAUGGGAGUCUGACGAGGAGUGCACGGAGGCUGCUGAGCGAGAGGCCUGGGAGGAAGCGGGAAUAAUCAUUCAGAUCGACUAUGAUCUCGGUGACAUCACCGAGUCUCGGCCCCCCAAACCCUCGAAGAGCAGCUCUAAGGACAACUCCAAGGCCCUCUACCGUUUCUACGAAGCUACCGUCGUGAGGGAGGAGACCGAAUGGCCCGAGAAGCACAAGCGCGAGCGUCAAUGGAUGACGUUCAAGCAGGCCAAAGAUGCCCUUUCCGCGAGGCCCGAGCUUCAGGAGGCUCUGGAGCGGUCAACCAUGAAGAAGCACUGA